CGCGUCCUCAAGCCGGCACCUGAGCGGCGGAGACGGCUGUAGUACAAGGAUCUGCAUCUCCAAUGGAUACUGAGGGGUUUGGUGAGCUCCUUCAGCAAGCUGAACAGCUUGCUGCUGAGACUGAGGGCAUCUCAGAGCUUCCCCAUGUGGAGCGGAACUUACAGGAGAUCCAGCAGGCGGGCGAGCGCCUGCGUUCCCGUACCCUCACACGCACGUCCCAGGAGACGGCAGAUGUCAAGGCGUCAGUUCUACUUGGGUCUCGGGGACUUGACAUAUCCCACAUCUCCCAGCGAUUGGAGAGUCUGAGUGCAGCCACCACCUUUGAGCCUCUUGAGCCCGUGAAGGACACUGACAUUCAGGGCUUUCUGAAGAAUGAGAAGGACAAUGCCCUGCUGUCUGCCAUUGAAGAGUCCCGGAAGAGGACCUUCGGCAUGGCUGAGGAGUACCAUCGAGAGUCAAUGUUGGUCGAGUGGGAGCAAGUGAAACAGCGAAUUCUGCACACACUGCUGGCGUCAGGAGAAGACGCCCUCGACUUUACUCAAGAAAGCGAGCCAAGCUACAUCAGUGACGUGGGACCCCCUGGUCGAAGCUCUCUGGAUAGCAUUGAGAUGGCCUAUGCGCGGCAGAUUUAUAUCUAUAAUGAGAAAAUUGUAAACGGACACCUGCAGCCUAACCUGGUGGACCUUUGUUCUUCCGUCGCAGAGCUGGAUGAUAAGAGCAUUUCUGACAUGUGGACCAUGGUAAAACAAAUGACAGACGUGUUGUUGACACCGGCAACUGAUGCCCUGAAGAACCGCAGCAGCGUGGAAGUGCGCAUGGAGUUUGUCAGGCAGGCCUUGGCGUACCUUGAGCAGAGUUAUAAGAAUUACACCCUUGUGACUGUCUUUGGAAAUUUGCAUCAGGCCCAGCUGGGAGGGGUGCCUGGGACUUACCAAUUGGUUCGAAGUUUCCUGAACAUUAAACUUCCAGCUCCCUUGCCUGGACUACAGGAUGGAGAGGUAGAAGGCCAUCCUGUGUGGGCACUAAUUUACUACUGCAUGCGCUGUGGAGACCUGCUUGCCGCUUCACAGGUAGUUAAUCGAGCCCAGCACCAGCUGGGAGAGUUUAAAACCUGGUUCCAGGAGUACAUGAACAGCAAGGACAGAAGAUUGUCCCCAGCUACAGAAAACAAGCUCCGGCUGCAUUACCGCAGAGCCCUCAGGAACAAUACAGAUCCCUACAAGCGGGCCGUGUACUGUAUCAUUGGCAGAUGUGACGUCACCGACAACCAGAGUGAAGUGGCAGACAAAACUGAGGAUUACCUGUGGCUGAAGUUGAACCAAGUGUGUUUUGACGACGAUGGCACCAGCUCCCCACAAGACAGGCUGACUCUCUCACAGUUCCAGAAACAGUUGUUGGAAGACUACGGCGAGUCCCACUUUACGGUGAACCAGCAACCCUUCCUCUACUUCCAAGUCCUGUUCCUGACAGCGCAGUUUGAAGCAGCAAUUGCCUUUCUUUUCCGCAUGGAGCGGCUGCGCUGCCAUGCUGUCCAUGUAGCACUGGUGCUGUUUGAGCUGAAGUUGCUUUUAAAGUCCUCCGGACAGAGUGCUCAGCUCCUCAGCCACGAGCCUGGUGACCCUCCUUGCAUGCGGCGGCUGAACUUUGUGCGACUCCUCAUGCUGUACACCCGGAAGUUUGAGUCCACGGACCCAAGGGAGGCCCUCCAGUACUUCUAUUUCCUCAGGGAUGAGAAAGAUAGUCAAGGAGAAAACAUGUUUCUGCGCUGUGUGAGUGAGCUUGUGAUUGAAAGCCGAGAGUUUGAUAUGAUUCUUGGGAAACUAGAGAAUGACGGAAGUAGAAAGCCUGGAGUCAUAGAUAAGUUUACUAGUGACACAAAGCCUAUUAUCAACAAAGUUGCUUCCGUGGCAGAAAAUAAAGGACUGUUUGAAGAGGCAGCAAAGCUGUAUGACCUUGCCAAGAAUGCUGACAAGGUACUGGAACUGAUGAACAAACUGCUGAGCCCUGUCGUCCCCCAGAUCAGUGCCCCGCAGUCCAACAAGGAGAGGCUGAAGAACAUGGCACUCUCCAUUGCUGAACGGUAUAGGGCUCAAGGAAUAAGUGCAAAUAAAUUUGUGGACUCCACGUUCUAUCUUCUUUUGGACUUGAUCACCUUUUUUGACGAGUAUCAUAGUGGUCAUAUUGAUAGAGCUUUUGAUAUAAUUGAGCGCUUGAAGCUGGUGCCCCUGAAUCAGGAAAGUGUGGAAGAGAGAGUGGCUGCCUUCAGAAAUUUCAGUGAUGAACAACUCCGAAGUCAAGCCCGAACUCUGAUUACCUUUGCUGGAAUGAUACCCUACCGAACGUCUGGGGACACCAAUGCGAGGCUGGUGCAGAUGGAGGUCCUCAUGAAUUAAGUGCCAUGCUUUGGGGACAUCUGGGUCGGCACACUGUCAGUACAUCAGGCACAUGGGCCCACUAGGGUGGGGUUUCUGGUUUUGUUUCCGUUGUGUUUUGUUUUGGUUUCUGUAUUAUGUAUUUUUGUCAACACCAAUAAAUUUCUUUGAUUUGUAUUUCUUUUCAACAUUCUUUUAUUUUCUUUUUUUUUUCCUUUGAAAUUUUGUUUACAUUUUUAUUUGUGUAAUGGGGAAUGCUGUCACUAGCUCUUGGGCCAGGGAAUGAGAGGCUAUGUAGAUAUUCAUUAUUUGGUUAAAUUGACCUUAAAUAAUUAAAAAUUUACCCAAAAUGAGCCAGGAAACAAAGGCUUUGGGAGUUACUUUUAUUUAGUUACAAUAUUCUAUAUAGCAGAGUCACGAUUCAUUUUCACAUUUUUAUUUGAAUGUGAAAGUCAACCUCAGCCUUAGAAGAUGUAAGAUUUGUGUGUGAAAUAUCAAGCACUCCAUGUCCUCCUCUUCUUGGGUGUGACUUAAGUCCAGAUGGUCCAAGACCAUCCCCCAAAUCAUCAGCUCUGAUUGUAGGAUUCAUCAGUUUGCUGUUCUCUUGUAAUCCCAGUGGAGAUAAAAGCAUAGACCUAGAAAAAGCCUUAAGAAAGAAGGUUGCAGGUGCCCCAACUUGUACUUGAGGAAGGGGUAAACCUUGCCACUGCACUCCUCUGUAACUGCUCCACUGUGAGUUGACUGCUCAGGCUUAUACACAUCCCUCCUAGAAAUAAGUUUAAACCUGUCUUUCCCUUCUCUGGUGGUCAGUUCCUCUGCUCAGACGACCCCCAUCGCUCUUCCCCACUCAUGAAGGCAAUUGGCCAGGCAAGCUCAUGGGUCACAUGCUGAGUCUGCAGUGUACAGAAUCCAGACCACCACAUGGCAUCAGCACUGUGGGUGUUUGCUCCCUGAGCAGUAGUUGUCACCCAUCAUUUGCUCCGUUUCCCCCACCAACAAUCCCAAAGCCCUGAACUAAACCAGAGAGGAUAUUAGGUCGUGUUUGUUCCUUAAUGGGCCAACGAGCCUUGAGACACUGGGCAGCGGUCUGCUCUGCUGGUUUGAUGGAUGGAUCCCUGAGGUAGACUCUUUCCCAGCAGAAUGUUAAGAUCCCCAAAGGGUCCCCAAAGAUGCCUUUGCUUGUAAGGAGAAGUUUCUGUCUUGUCACGGUGUGGUCAUCCCCACCGUCCCCCAGUUGUUAAAAUAAUUGUUACCUUUUCUUUUGGGAAGAAAUAAUCUGUAGAUAAUGGGACCAACUGCUGCUUAUCGGUAGGAUUCCAUGUUCCAGGAAGGAUGCAGCCUGAGGGUCAGUGGAGCUGUGUUCUGCCUUCCUCCUCUAGUCUCAUCUUGUCACCCUAUCUUCAAUUGAGCUUUACUAGAAAGUCUUGAAACGUGAGCCCUUUAGAGGACUUGAUUUAGCAAGUUGUGCCCUGCUUAAAUGUGCUGAUUUAAGCUAAUCAAAUGAUUUAAUAGUGCUUUUUAAAAAAGAGUACUCCUGGCCAGGUGGGAUUGCUCACACCUGUAAUCCUAGCACUUUGGGAGGCCGAGGCAGGUGGAUCACCUGAGGUCAGGAGUUCGAGACCAGCCUGGCCAACAUUAUGAAACCUCAUCUCUACUAAAAAUACAAAAAUUAGCUGAGUGUGGUGGCAGGCACCUGUAAUCCCAGCUUCACAGGAAGCUGAGACAGGAGAUUUGCUUGAACCUGGGAGGCGAAGGUUGCAGUGAGCCGAGAUUAUGCCACUGCACUCCAGCCUAGGCAACAGAGUGAGACUCUGUCUCAAAAAUAAACAUAAGAGUACUCAGUGGACUUUUCAUAAAGUGCAACUUAGUGCUUUGUUUUUCUAAUGCUAGAUUUUACUUGCAGAUAGAAAUAUAACAAUGCCACAAAUGAGAAGGCUCAAGUUGUGAAUGUGUUUGCUCCUGGCUUAUCUCUUCUUCACUAUCCCAUGAGAAUCGUGGAUUUGCCUUUCCUUGCAUCGUGCAGUUCUACUUGUCCCAGAGAGAACUGCACACCAGCCCUGCAUCCGGGGAGAUGAGGUUCUUUGACCUGUAGAUGAGUCCUAAAAUGAGAAGGGAGAGACAAGCAAGCAGCCAGACCUUGAGCUACGCUGCUAGGGGAGCUGUGAGUUGGGAGAAAAGUGGUCACUGGUUGGCAGUUGAGGACUUGCUGAGAGAGUCAUUUGUAGGAGAAAUAAGAUAACUAGGUUCAUACCAGAAGGGCCAGGCCUCGGAUGGAGCAAAUCCCAGUUCUUGUCCUACCAGCUGAUUCUGUGAUUGGGCACAGGCCUCGGAUUGUGCAGAGAUGCGAAACAGGCUGAAUUUGCAAGGCUACAACAUCAGGUUGUCAUGUACCCAUGAUUACAGCUUAUGCCCAGAAGUCAUGACCCUGUGACAGGUUAUUGGCUUAAAAACUCAUAUUCAGUUCACUUUUUCAGAGAACUAACUCUUUCCUUAGAUGUUGGGCCAGGAUUUCACUAUUUACCCAGAGAGACUAAGAGAAAGUGGCACUAGGCGUCUCUUGUCUUCCAGAUGUGAGCUUUCGAUCUUUCUAAUGAAAUCGGGGACACUUGGAGGCUGUCAAGGUUUGUUCCUGUCUCAGAAUGGCUCAUAAUAAACUCACUGAAACCCUCAAAGGAAAGUACUGACUUGAUCUGGAUCCUUUUCAGAGGCCUGGAGAUUUAAUUUCACAGAUUCUCUUCUUUUGGCUUACCAACCACAACAAAAAAAACCCUUGACUCCCCAACUUCAGAGGGAAAACUGAAGCGAAACUGGUGAGCUCUGCCACAACAAAUGCCUUGCCUUUAUCAAUAACUCAUGAGCCGGGUGGACUCCUCAAAGAGCAGGAAGCGCCCGUUUACACUGGGGCCAGGAUGCAGACCCAGCUCCUGUCCUCCACGAACUUAUAGUCUAAUUAGAGCCUCUUAAGGACAAUUUGGCAGCCACUGUUACUCUUCUGAUGCAUAAUUUAAAUCCUAGAAUAGGUAACUUUAAAGCAAAGAACUAUAGACUUUUCUACAGUGUCCAGCAUUUGCUGACCGAAAAAAAACCUGAGGGUGAUUUUUCUCUUUGGAUUUUUACCCUUGCCUGCACCUAGCCAGAACCCUUAAUACUAAAUUUAGCAAUCAUAUGUAGCUCUGCCAACACCCUCCUGCUUUAGACUGGAUCUCUACUAUCCUUUUUCUCUAUUAGGCACCAGAACCUUUGUCUAGUUCAUUAGGUAGUUCACAUCACUUGCCACAUUUCUAGCAUGCCACUCAGGAAGUGACUUUAGGAUACUGAAUGCUGAGUCACAAAAUGAAGCCCUGGGCUGGCGGGUUGCCCCAGGCCUGCCAAAGUCUUGGCAGUCCCCACGCUGACUGGGAACUCUCCCUUAGCCUCAGUCAGCUGGGAGAGGAAUUGAGCCCUGCAUCAGCAAAUAGGGGGAGAGUGUUACAUAUAAAAUUCUUGAUAGAAAUGUGCGUUUUAUAUCAGAAUUGGGCUUUUGUUCCUGCAUCUCAUUAAACAGGAGUUGUCUAGAACUAUGUAAGAAAAUAUCCCCCAUCCUUUAUCCUACGCUGAAUCCAGAAGUCAUCCCAUCUCCCGCCAUCUUCUGACUAUUCCAUAAUAUUGGUAUCCCUCACAGGGCAGGGACAGGAAGGAAAUAAAUCUAUCUUUCUGCCACUUGUUUCCAACUGAAAGGAAAAAAGUUACAAAUUACUAAAGUGUCCUGAAAAGAGAUUUCAAGUGGUCUGUGCUGCUUUUUUGCCUCAUUACACACAUAACUUGUGAUUGGCUAGAGAGGUCACAUGUAUUUAUCAGCCAAGUUUCCAUUUCAGCAGAUCAUUUCAAAACCUCUUUGUGCUGGGCCGUGCUAGGUAGCUGGAAUAUCUGAGGUAAAUCAAGCACUGAUUUGUUCCCAAAGUUGUGCAUAAUGCUUUAAAAGUGGGCUGGGUUUUUUUCCUCUUGGCCCGGAUCACCUAAAUGAAGUACUCGUUGUUCUAAGUUGCUAACCCAGGGAAAGAGGAUAUUUUCCUGUCCUAACCUUGGUUUUUGAAAUAAGCUUCUCCUGUGUGCCCUCCCUGGGGUCUCUGGCCCACAGCGGAUCGCUCAGCAGAUAUGUGAAUGAGCAGAUGCUUUGCUUUGGCCUCCUGUGCCAAGCUCCUCCCCACAUCCUCUCGAACAGCUCCAUGUGCCUAGAUUCAGACUCCGUGAUUCACCAUGGGGGCCCUUAAUAGGCAUUCAGUCUGAAAGAAGGUGGAGGAGAAUAAUGUCUCCCAGGAUGAGAUGAGACUCAGGGCUGUUCCUUCAAAGACAGAAACUUUCAGAGCUGCACAGCAGCAGGGAAACAUUGAGAAGGGGGUGGAAAUUUGAUGUACUGUGAAUAACGAAGGCCAGAUCUUUAAAAAGAAAAAGGGAGGGGGUGCUGGCAGAAACCCAGCUGCACUGGCACACUGUACGCCCGGCUGCCUUUGCCCUUGAGCUUCUAUUUCUUGGGGAUGGGGAGGGCAAAAACGUUUGCCCUGGACACUGGCUUCUGUUUGAGCAGGAAGUGGGGAGCCAGUGAUCCCAGAGGGGACUUCAGUAUCAGAACAUAUGCUUUGGUGGCCUCAGCAGACCUGGCCUAGGCAGGCUUUCAGGCGGCACUCAGGGCUUUAUGGCCUGCAGAUAAGGCCCCUUCAUCUGGGUCAGACUUAGCAAAUAAAAAUAUAGGACACUCAAUUAAGUUUGCAUUUCGGAUAAACAGUGAAGAAGUUCCUAGUGUAAGUAUGUCCCAGUUCUAUGUGGCUUCCCUAUCUGGGCUUGCCUCUGCUGGUACUUGCUGCCCAGAGACCUUCAGGCCUGCCACGGGCUGCCGGGAGCUCUCUAGUGGAACUGGAUUACCCUGAUUUUGUGCAUUGUUUGUGCUUGUGUGGGCAUCGGAAAUGACAGUGAGAUACACAGUUUUGAAGAGCUCAGCAGGCAGCUGAGCGGGAUAAUGUGGGCCCCUGUUGACCUCAGUGUCUGUCAUCUACUGUGUGUUUUUCAACCAGAAAUUUCAAAUACUGUGUAUUUUAGAAAGAAAGGAAAGAGGCAAAGUACAGCCUUUCUCACUUGAUCAGUAACUUGUGUUAGAAACUCAGUGGGGGAGAAUUCUUUGCGUUUUUCAGUUGACUGAUUAUUUUCCUUUUUUUCAUUUUUGCUUUUCUCAAGUCACUCUGUGUGGUGCUUGUGGGAGAAGGGAGAGGGUGGGAGAGCGUUGGUGGAUGUGUUCUGCAUGUUCCUGUCUGUACAGUAACUUGUGCAUUUACUCUGUUUAGGAUGGUUCCUUCACCACCACCCCUGUCUGUAGCCAGUAAAUUUCUGGAAUGUUC